ACACAUUUUUGCUUUAUUUUCGCGCUUUACCGACGUAUUUGCCAAGGUGUAUGUCCGUCUGAUUCUCUGCAAUAGCUUGGGGUCUCCCGGAGAAACCUGUGAAGCGAGUGGUUGGUUGGUUGGACUUCCAACUCGUCGCCCCGCGACAUGCGUGCAGUAAUGACCCUGGUUUUCACAAUUUGUGGAGCGGAAUGAGUAUAUCUCUCUAGGGACGAGUUAAUGAAUUGCAUGGGGUCAUUUGAUUUUUCGAGUUAAAGGAUUCAUGUACUUGCCCUAAGCAUCUGGGACUGAGACUUUUUGCUGGUCUGGUGGAUUCAGGCUGUGUUAGUUUGAUAGGGAUCUGAAAAUAUGGCAUCCCUGAAACUGAAAGGAGGUGCAACAGAAAAAGCGUUGUCUCCUGUAGAGCAGCAGGCCAAGAUUGGCGAAAUCAGAAAGAUUAUUGGUCCAAUUACUGAUCAGUUCCCAGCAUUGUUUUCGGAUGCAUCGAUACUGCGGUUUCUCAGAGCACGAAACUGGAACGCCAAAAAAACUGCAAAAAUGAUGAAAGAAACUUUAAAAUGGAGGGUGGAAUACAGGCCAGAGAAGAUUCGAUGGGAUGAUGUAUCUUGCGAAGCUAAGACUGGCAGGCUGUAUAGAGCUGACUUCUUGGAUAAGCAAGGGAGGAUUGUUCUUGUGAUGAGAGCAGGUGUUCAGAGUACAAGUUCCGCAGUAGAGCAGAUCAAGUACUUGGUCUACUGUAUGGAGAAUGCCAUAUUAAAUCUAAAUUCUGAUCAAGAACAGAUGAUUUGGCUUGUUGAUUUUCAAGGGUGGAGCAAAUCAAGCGUAUCAUUAAAGGUUACUAAGGAGACUGCUCAACUCCUGCAGAAUCAUUACCCUGAGAGAUUGGGCCUGGCAAUCCUAUACAACCCACCAAAAUUAUUUGAGUCCUUUUGGACGAUGGUGAAACCUUUUCUUGAGCCUAAAACAUAUAGAAAAGUGAGGUUCGUCUACCCUGAGAACCCAAAGAGUCGCAAGAUAAUGGAAGAAGUGUUUGACAUGGACAAAUUGGAAUCCCGUUUUGGUGGGAAAAAUCCGGCUGGAUUCAACUAUGAAGCUUAUGCACUGAGGCUGAGAGAAGAUGACAAGAAGAUAUCUGAUUUUGCUGACUCUGGUUGUUCAUCACCAACUGUACUGCAGUCGGUGAUGGCUGAGACACUGCAGCCAGAAUCACCAGCUUCUGAAAAUGGUUGCCAGGAUGAAUCAUCUUGUGAUGAAGCAGAUAGCUCAAAAGCGGAGAAAGAAGAUGAAACUAUACUAGGCCAAUCACCUUGCUCUCAAGAUGACGGACAGGAUGCUAAGGUCGGUGGAGUGAAAAUUGCUCAGGCAGGCUAAGCUAAUUGGUGGAAUAUUAGUCAGGGCAAGCUAUAUCAUUCACUGGGCUUUCACCUUGCUCUCCAAUAAAAUUUGUUUCUUUGUUUCUAACGAUUCACUAGGCUUUCAGAGUAACAAAUAAGAAAGGGGACAUGGUAAAAACUGAACAAGGAGCACUCAUGUGAGGACAAGUGAGAAGUAAGAUAUCACUUGAUGAGCGGGAAUAAGUUUCUUAAGAUGGUAUUUUCUUGUACCCUUGACAGAGGGAUUCAAAGUACAUGGCUUUGUUAAGAAAGCAUCGAGUUUUUUCCUUGUAAAUUAGUACAAUGAGAUUCUUAAAUUGACAUCAAUUUUUCUUCUUUUCAUGAGC